AGGCUUCUUCCCUCCACAGGGUGAUCAAAUUUGGAACAGUAAAACUGUUAUGGCAGCCAGUACCCAUUCAUGCCUUGCCACUUAAUUCAGAUAAGUUGAUAACAAUGAGAGCUCCAUGUCCCCUUUACAAUGAAGAACAAAGAAGGUCAGACAAAGUUUUGGCAGCAUCUUAUGAUGACAAAGAUCUUUACAAGUAUUUAAGUGAACACUCAGGACAAAAUGUCUCAACUCUACUUGAUGUUGAGACACUUUUCAAUACAUUAGAAAUAGAGAAAGAGAGUGGCAAGGACCUGCCCAGUUGGACUAUAUCAGUGUUCCCAGAAAAGAUGAAAGACAUAGCAGCUCUGGUCCUUGCCAGCUUUACCAAUACACCACUUAUGAAAAGACUUAGAGGAGGCCCGUUGGUUAAAGAAAUAAAAACUAACAUGGAAUCAUAUGUGAGUGGAGCAAGUAAACGUAAGCUGUCUCUUUACUCAGCUCAUGACACAACCCUGGUGAAUUUUAGACGUGCCCUUGGUUUUCAAUGA